AUGGCGCCCGCACGCCAACCGCCCCAGCCCUUCUCCAAGGAUGAGAAGGUUCUCUGUUUCCAUGGUGAGAUGCUAUAUGAGGCCAAGAUUCUCGACAUCCAGCCUGCCGAGAGUGGCGAAGGCUUCCAGUAUCGCAUUCACUACAAGGGCUGGAAGAACACUUGGGACGACUGGGUUUCUAUCGAUCGCAUCCGCAAGUUCACAGAGGAGAAUAAGGAGCUUGCCAGCCAGCUGCACGCCCAGAUGAAGGACCUACGCCAGAAGAGCAGUGCCAAACCCCCCAAGAAGGGCAACCUUCGUGUCAAUGGGACCGACUCAGCUCGCGGUAGUGAGGAGCGAACUGCAGGUGUCGCUGCCACUGGCCGUGGCCCUCGCCGGGCGAGAGAUUUUGACCUCGAGCAGAUGAGCUCCCCGGCUUGGGAUAGCUUUGCUCGGGUGUACGACUGGGUUCUGUCGCAGCAGGCUGCGCAGUACUCUGGCGCUCAGCCCAACUACGCCUCUCCACCCCAACGCGGAUUCAUGUCUCGAUUAGACUACGCCCGUCAACUUGCCCAUUACCGUCACAACAACCCUGUUGGUCGGGCAGAGGAUGCCAACGAACACGAAUACCGACAAGAUGUCGAAGCAUCUCAAGGCGAAUACAUCGAGAUCAAGACCGAUUGCGCCAGUGACUUCGACUAUGGCAAUUACGAGACACCAGCUCCAGCCUCAGACGACUAUCUGUAUGGCGACGUCGACGUGAUCAAUCAUCGCCCAAAUCAGCACUAUCAGCAACGCAAAAGACGUCAACCGGAGCCAGACUACGAUGAGGAAGACGCGGCGUUUGAGCAGCAUCACAAAAGGCGUCGAAUGUAUUCGGACGAGGACGAGGACGGGAAUGUUAACUCUGAUCUGCCCCGAUACUACUUCAGGGAGGAGUAUGACGAGUAUGACGAAGAGGAGGCGGGAAUGAACCAGAACCGAUUGAAAUAUGAGGAGGAAGACGACGAAGUCAAUGAAGAGGAGACGGGCGUGAACCGAUUCGACUUUGAGGAAGAUGAAGGUUUGAGGGACUACGACGACACUCUGAGCGAGAGGCAGUAUCGGAACAACCUGUUCCGACAGCGACUCGAAUCUGGCGAAGAAGAUGACACUUUCCUACCCAACAGACGUCGGAAGUACAUGUAUAGUGAAGAUGACUUCGAUGGCUACGACGAGGCAUCUGUUCGCCCACGCAAGAAGGUUCGCUGGGCUUCACCCGUGUACGAGGAAAAUGAAGACGAGUUCUACCAAGCCGACAACGAAGAUGAGGGAGACGAAGAUCAGACAGUCGGGCGAGCCUCAGAUUCCGAUGGCGACGUGGAAUCUGCCGACAUCAUCGACCUGAUCAGUAUUUCUAGCCAUGAGACCGUUGGCAGCGACGACGACGACGAUAGGACCAGCAUAACCAGCGACUCCAGUAUAGAAUUCCUUGGGGAGCGUCCCGCGAAUGCCAACAUCGAGAACCAGCAUGAUCUACGACGCUUUCAAGAUGGCGAGUCGGAAGAUGCCAAGGAUGUCGUCGAAGAGCUUUUGCAGAGGCCCUGCGGCACAAACAAGAGAAAGCGUGAGAACAGUGUGGAGAUACUCCUCGAGUUCCGCCUUAAUGUUCGACACUUCUCCUUCCCGCAGCACAAUGAAGAGUUUCUGAUCUUCUACCGAAUUCCCGCCCUUUCUUUCUCGAACCAUCCCCAAACACCAGCUUCUCAUAGAACCACUGCACUCCACUCGCCACACGCUACACUGGCUCUUUACACACUCAUCUCGUUCAUCAUGGCUUUUACGUCUCGCAAAUCUCGGCCAGCCGAACCAUUGCGUCGGCGACCUCAGCAUGAUCAAGUGGUGACCUGGAAGGAACCGCGCUUGCUGAGGGCUGAUAACCUGACCCUCUCGCCUGCUCCCCGUGCCAGACCCUAUGUCACAAAAGACGGCAAGCCCAACUAUGACAAUCGCUACGAUACGAGCGUCACGACUCUCAAGCGAGAACAGCCUGCCCGGACGAAGUCGUCAUCUGCUCGCUCUCCGGGAACGAGCGAGGAAGAACUUCCGAUUGAGGAUGGAUUUCAUGCACGCCCGUCCAUUAAGCUUCCCAUCCCUGAUCACAUCAAGGCGAUGCUUGUUGACGACUGGGAGAACAUCACCAAGAACAAUCAGCUGGUCCCGCUUCCUCACCCUCACCCCGUUGACGACAUUUUGAGCGACUACCUCAACUACGAGCGCCCGAACAGGGAAGAUGGUUCUGCAAACAUGGACAUUCUUGAAGAAGUCGUUGCAGGACUUCGCGAGUACUUUGAGAAGUCUUUGAGCCGUAUCUUACUGUACCGCUUUGAGCGACCCCAGUACCAUGAGAUUCGCAAGGUGUGGGAGAAGGCUGGUGAGGAAGACAAGCACAAGUCUGUCUGCGAUACCUAUGGACCUGAACACUUGUGCCGCCUGAUGGUGUCUCUUCCCGAGCUCGUCGCUCAGACAAACAUGGACCAGCAAUCUGUGGCGCGUCUGCGUGAGGAACUCUCCAAGCUCACCGUCUGGCUCGGCAAGAACGCAAAGAACUACUUUGUCAGCGAAUAUGAGACCCCUUCUCAGGAGUAUAUCGACAAGGCUCGGAGCUUCUAG